AAGUGUUUUCCAAUGAUAACAAUUUCGACAACUCAGUUCCACACACAUAAAUAAUAUCGGUGUAAUCAACAAACGGACUGGUUUAAUUAUAAACAAUGUACGUCUUGGUGGCGAGCCUGUUGCUUUUGGCAUGUACCCAGGCAGUGGAAAUCCAAAUAGGAAACGAUGACGGCGGCGACAUUUGGGUAGGCAUCCAAGGCGACCCGAACAACGCCCACUUGAACUACGGGGGAGUCGUAAUUGGUUCCAAGCAAACUGUCACGUUGUACGCACCGCCGAAUUGGCACGGAAGGAUUUGGGCCAGGACUUGGUGCAGCGGUUUGAAUAACCACUGUUUGACAGGCGAUUGCGGUAGCAAGCUUUACUGUGCUAGCGCUGGUCCUGAAUCGCCGGUUACGCUGGUGGAGUUCCAGAUGCAGCCGUCUGGAGAUCACAGAUACGCCAUCUCGACCAAAAGAGGAUUCAAUAUCUUGGCCAAGGUUGAGUCUUUGUCUGGAAACUGUGACUCCACCUCCUGCCAAACAAGGAUCAACAACGAUUGCCCAGACGAACUGAAGUACGACACAUCUCAAGGUGUUCUAGGUUGUAAGUCGGCCUGCGUUGCUUUCAACAACGACGAGUACUGUUGUACUGGCGACAAUUCAGGUGAUAACUGCAAUAGUAACAAAUACACAGAUUGGUUCUCAAACGAAUGUCCUGAUACCAUCACCAUGCCUAAUGCUGACCUGAACCGUCAAUGCAAUACUGAUGGAUUCAAAAUAACUUUCGGAGGUUAAAACAAUAAAUAAAAUACUACUUC